AUGUCUCUGCGCCCCAUCCUGGACCCGGCCCGUUCCGCGCAGCCCUCGGGCCUCAGCCUGCCCGUAGAGAGGCACCUGAGCUGCCCCAUCUGCAAUGACCUGUUCUCGGAUCCCGUCACCACCUGCUGCGGCCACUCCUUCUGCAAGGCCUGCCUGAACUGCAACGCCAUCUACAGUGACAACAGCUGCCCGACCUGCAAGCAGCACCUAGGCCGCAUCCCCGAUGUCAACGUCGUGCUGAAGGGACUCCUGCAGGACCUGGACCAGGCCCGGCUGGAGGCCAGGGGCCAAAUGGCCGAGGGGUCCGCCGGGAGGCCCCGAGAGGUGGUCUGCGACGUCUGCAUUGGGCCCGGGGCCCGCAGGGCCCUGAAGUCGUGCCUGGUGUGUCUGAUGUCGUACUGCCGGGCCCACCUCGAGGGCCACGACAGUAGGAACCGCAUGAGGGGCCACAGGAUGGUGGCGCCUGUGGAGAACCUGGACGACAGGGCCUGCCCGGAGCACGGGCGGCCCCUGGAGCUCUACUGCCGCGACAGCGGCCGCUGCAUCUGCGUGCUCUGUGUGGAGGAGGGGCUGGAGGUUGUUUCCUUGGAGACGAUGUGGGAGGAGAAAAGGGUGAGGGUUUUGGAAGAUCUCACAUUGAUGUUAUACUCCGGCUUUAUAUGGGAGUCAAAAUUGAGAUGUUCUUCUUUCUCCCUGAAGGGCCAGCUGAACUACCUCGAGGUUACGUUUCAGGGGGGGAUUGCGAGACGGCGAAACAAGCUGCAGGAAAUCCGUUCCUCGAUCAGGGUUUCCCAGGAUCACUUACGUAGCGAGAGGACGGAUAUCGACGGCACUCUGUCAUCCCUCAUUUCCUACGUGGAGAACGCCAAAAGACAUGCUCUCCUGCCCAUGGACGUGAGGAGUCAGGCGGCGGAGAGGCAGGCCGAGGAAUUGAAGGAGCAGCUCAACAACGAGAUAGGGGAACUGAGGAGGAACAUCUCGGACCUGAGGCGCAUUUCUGACACAGAGGAUCAUAUUUACUUCCUACAGAAUUAUCCAUCCACCACGGUCCUAGAAGAGGAAAACAACCUAACAGAGAUAGCACUCGAUGCAUCCACCUCCUUCGGCACCUUCCGAAGUAUCAGAAAAAACCUGAUGGAUGAAAUUCUCGACAAACUGGAGUUAUUGACUCCAAUCGAACUGCAGAGGAUCGUGAAGUUUGCAGUGGACGUGAGGCUAGACCCCAGCACCGCUCACCCAUGCUUAAUCAUAUCCGCUGACGGCACGGAGGUACAAGAUGGCGGCGGGCUUCAGGUAGUACCCAUGGGUUCUCAAAGGUUCGACUUGUACGCAUCCGUCCUCGGCCGGAACCGACUGACAUCGGGCAAGGCCUACUGGCAGGUUGAGGUCGGCGACAAGUUGGGUUGGGAUCUAGGUGUAACGACGGUGACCUCUCAACGGAUAGGGAGGCUUGUGUUCGAGCCCGACGCCAACUACUGGGUGCUAACACAUUACGAUGGUGAGGGCUACACGGCAAUGACGGCCCCGACCAAAAAGCUGGCCCUCAUAGCCAAGCCCAAGAUGGUAGGCGUCUUCCUGGAUUACGAGGACGGCCUCGUGUCCUUCUACGACCUGACGUCCUCCUCGCACAUAUUCUCGUUCACGGCGUGCGUAUUCAGUGGCGAGCUCCGCCCCUAUUUCAGUCCCCAUAUGAGUUGGAGGAAAGCCGGCCUCUGGUCAUCACCGCGGUGUAGGACCAGCUCUGGAAUGAUUACUAUGCUAGUGUAUACCAAAUAUACUGUAUAUGUAAACAUAGAAAAUACACAUGGGUGGGUUUCAAACUGUGUCUCCACCCAUUGGUAGCAGUUGGGGAUUAUUAUGGUGGUGGGACGUUAAUUUUCAAUGCAAAUAUUCAUAUUCAAUGCAAAAUAUAUAAAGAUGAGUUUCAUUAUUAUGUUUGAAGACCGAAACCUGGAACAGUGUAACGAUGAAAAAUAUCCAUAGAGAGAUAACUACCACCUUUGUAAUGGUAAUGGGAAUGCGGUGCUUAUUAUAUUUUUGGGGUUCCGGGUCAUAAGCAGUGGUGGGUAAAGGCAUUUAAUCAUAUUGGAAAUGUUAUUCUACAUCAACCCUUGUGGUCAAGCAAGGUCUAGGUUCUUAAUAGCUUCAUAAUGACUUAAUGUCUUAUUGUUGGGAUCGGGAUUGUAAAACUUUGUUCAAUAUACAUUCCUGAUGCACUUAUUCACCUAAUGCAGUUUUCUAUGUCUAACGUGCAUCAAAUGUGACUUUGUAUACUUCAUUCUGUAAGUUUAUAGUAAAUCAGGUUUUUGGGAAUUUCCUUAAUAAAAUAAAUAUCAUUGAUUGAA